UUAUUAUUUCAUAAACUGUGACUCGUGCUCUCUUUCUCCAAAAGUUUCAACGCUCUCCUCCUCCUCGUCGUCUCCUCCCCAAUCCCCGUACACACAAGCGAUUUACGUGCGACAAGGGGGAAAAACGCCUUGUUGGACGACCCGAGCCCCGCCGACGACGACGACGACCAUGGCGGCGUCGUACCCCAACCACCCCGUCUCCCACGACAUGAUCUACGCGGACCACGACGACGACGGCGACGGCGGCGGAGGCGGAGGCGGCGGGGGGCCCGCGUGGCUGCUCCGCCACCACCACGGCGGCGGCGGCGGCGACGGGGAGGAGGAGGCGGCGGAGGGCGGCGGAGGGCGGCGGAGGGAGAAGGGGGAGAUCGUGCGGCACCCGCUGUUCGAGCAGCUGCUGUCGGCGCACGUGGCGUGCCUGCGGGUGGCGACGCCGGUCGACCAGCUCCCCCGGAUCGACGCGCAGCUGGCCCAGUCGCACCACGUCGUCGCCAGGUACUCCGUCCUCGGCGACGGAGCCGACGCCGUCGACAGGGGCCUCGAUCACUUCAUGACGCAUUAUGUUUUGUUACUCUGUUCAUUCAAAGAGCAACUUCAACAGCAUGUUCGUGUUCAUGCGAUGGAAGCAGUAAUGGCUUGCUGGGAACUCGAGCAAUCUCUGCAAAAUUUGACAGGUGUCUCUCCUGGUGAAGGCUCAGGUGCUACCAUGUCCGAUGAUGAUGAUGAACAGGCAGAUAGCGAUACCAACCUUUUCGAUCAAGGUUUUGAUGGACCGGAUAGCAUGGGCUUUGGCCCUCUUGUUCCUACGGAGACCGAGCGUUGCUUGAUGGAGCGCGUUAGACAAGAGCUGAAGCAUGAACUGAAGCAGGGGUAUAAAGAGAAGAUCGUGGACAUUAGAGAAGAGAUCCUUCGCAAAAGAAGAGCCGGAAAGCUUCCUGGAGAUACCACUUCUGUUCUAAAAGCCUGGUGGCAGGCACACUCUAAAUGGCCCUACCCAACAGAGGACGACAAAGCAAGGCUGGUGCAGGAAACAGGAUUGCAGCUGAAGCAGAUCAACAAUUGGUUCAUUAAUCAAAGAAAGAGAAAUUGGCACACCAGCCUGUCGUCCUCGACUGCAUCAAAGAGUAAACGCAAAAGUAGUGCAGGUGAAAACGGCGCUGACCGUGCAAUCUAGAUGGUGAAUUAGGGACAAAAAAGGUGCCGAAGUACAAAAGCUUAUUGCCGUUCGCUGGAUAGAUCAGUAGAGGCUACAAGAAAGGAGAUAAGGAAUUAGUGUGCAUCAAUUACAAGCGACAAUAUGCAGGAAGUUACAAACUUUAUCGAAUUUGAAGAUUAAAGUUUUGCCACUCCAGUGGUGAAACCUAUUGAUUACCACAUUCUUGAGCAAAAGGAUGGAUGUCGAUGUACUGGAUGGCAAUUCAAUGAUCAUGGUGAGUUUUGUUGUGUUUUAGUUGUAGUUAUUAAAUUGAUGCAUAAGUAAAGACGCUUGGACGCUGCGAUUAUAGUUGUUUGUUAGAUAGAUUGGACUCUGUUGCAUUGUUUGCGUCGCAAAUCUUGUAUUAACUAAUAUGUUGUAAUGCUAUUUAUAUGUCAGGUUAGUAAAGUUCUGUUGCCUAUACUCUGAAUUGUACAAAGUUGCAUAGAAAUAGAGUUGUGCUUUGUGAUGUUAAGUUAAA